AUGGAAGCAGAUUAUUUGAUAGCUUACCCUGAGAGAUGCUGUUUGAGGAAGUUGAUUCUGAGUGUAAUCUUGCCUCGUGGAUUGAAAUCUUACUUCACUCAAUGUCCAGAGGCAACUAGAUUAGAGCUGAAAGAGAACUGGAAAAUGAAGGUCUCCCUUAUUAUGAUAAAGAUUGUUGGGUAUGUUGCAGGACCCUUGAGAGCAUUGGGGGCCUUUAUAGAAUUUCUUCUGAACCUGUUUUCGAAUAAUGGAGGGCUCUUUAAACUUCCAUUCAAGAUAUUAAAUGGAAGCAUAUUCGAAACAAGAUCAGAGACAUUUUUAAGUUUUAUUGGCCAUGUAGUUGGGCGUUCAGAUCUAUAUAAAGGUGGCCCUCCAGACGAUAUAAGAGCCAUGAAUCCUGGAGACAGAUAUUUUGCAGAUAUUUCAGUUAUGGCUUCAACCAUAGCCUAUGAAAAUGAGUUGCUUAUAAGGAAGAGGGUCGACCAAAACUGGAAGAUGCAUUUUGUGGAGUUCUUCGACUGUUGGAACGAUCACAUGCAGAAGAAUUCUACACAGGCAUUUAUAUUGUGUGAUAAGGAGAAAGAUGCCGAAUUAAUAGUGAUAGCCUUCAGAGGAACACAGCCAUUUGAGAGUGAUGAUUACGUAACAGAUUUAGAUUUUUCAUGGUAUGAAUCCUCUCAAAUGGGAAAAGUUCAUUUUGGAUUUCUAGAGGCUUUGGGUCUGGCAAACCGUUCAAAUGAUAAAAAAUUCUCAUACCAUUUGAGAAAACAAGAUCCUGAAAAACAUAUGGCCUACCAUGUGCUACUUAAAAAGCUUAAAGAGCUUCUAGAAGCCCACAAAAAUGCAAAAUUCAUUGUGACAGGUCACAGUCUAGGAGGAGCCUUGUCUGUAUUGUUUACAGCAAUGUUGUUUGUCAAUGAGGAAAAGUUGUUGGAAAAACUGCUGGCUAUUUACACAUUUGGACAGCCCAGAGUUGGUGAUAAAACAUUUGCAGAUUUCAUGAACAGGAAACUGAAUCAGAAUCAGGAUGUAACUAGGUAUUUCAGAAUCGUGUAUUCCAAUGACCUUAUUCCCAGAGUACCUUUUGAGGAUAAUCUAUUCAUGUACAAGCACUUUGGAUCAUGUCUUUACUUCAACUGUUUCUACUCUCUCAAGAAUCUUGCAGAGAUCCCCAACAGAAAUUUCUCACUUGUGUUCUUCGUACCCCUGAGAAUAACAGCCCUUUGGGAAUUGUUGCAGUGUUUAGUUCUACAUUACAGAGAGGGAAAGGACUUCAAAGAAACUAAACUUUCUAUUGUUUGCAGAAUACUUGGAAUUUUGGUUCCGGGGCUUUCAGCUCACAGCCCAAGCGAUAAAAAAAAACACUGUCAAGAAGCCUUUGUGCAACCCAGAUACUGCGGAGAACCCCAAACACCCGAAAUUCAUCUUCCAGCUCUUGCUUGGUGGCCCAAGGAUCCAAUUUGCCAACAUAUACACGAGACAUUGCUGUUGUGUCAAAAUAUAUAUCCUGGUUUCGUAGUAUCAGAAAACCUUCAAGUAGGAAAGUUCACUGAUUGUGCUGAACCACCGCCGGGUCUAAUUACAGCUUUCAUCACGCUGCCUGGUGCAAUCUCUUUUUUCCUUCUCUCACUGGCUUUUGCCAUCAGUUUCAAUUCCCUCUACGGCUGCCUCAAAUUCCAGUGUUGGGUGAUGUUAGCUUGCUUCAAUAACCAAUCAUCCAAAGUUCGCAGCAUUCGUCUUCCCUCAACUUCCUAUUUUGCUCUGCAGGCUAAACAAAUACUCUUUCGUGCAGUUUUUAUCUGCUUUUCCCUGCGUUUUGUAUUAACUCUCAAACUUGCGUUUUGUAUUCAUUCUUGUCAUUCAACUUCUCUGCAAAAUAACGUCUCUGUACUGUAG